AAGAUAUAUCAAGAUGAGGAGACAAGAAAUAUUGUCAUGAGGGAGUUUGGCCAAUUUGUAUCUGCAAAAAAUCAUGAUGUUGUAGCUCUUAAUGCUAGAUAUGGGAUGGAUGCUGAUGAGUGGUGGUAUGUACAUGGUCAAGGCUCCGUUUACUUGCAGCCUCUUGCAAUUAAACUUAACUCCCAAGUUGCAAGUUCUUCUUCAGCUGAGCGGAAUUGGAGUACAUACUCCUUCAUCCACUCAAUCAAACGUAAUCGUUUGGGUGCAAAGAAAGCUGAGGAUUUGGUCUUCGUACACUCCAACCUUCGUUUGUUGUCACAUAAGGACCCUGAAUAUAGUGAGGGUGUAACAAGGAAUUGGGAUCUACCCCCUGAGUGUGCUGAUUUAGAUGCUACAGUUGCACAACUUUGCCAAGUCUCUAUAGACGAGGCGGUUAUGGAAUUUGAGAGAGACAUAGCUAGUGGGAGUGGCAUUCCAUUUGAUAUUGGUUCAAUUGAUGCUGAAUUUGAACCACUUGAUGACCGUGGGCUUGGGUUGGAUGCUUCAGAUGAAGAUGAAUAUGGAAUUUAAAUCCCAUAGAUGGCUUGUAAUUUGAAUGUUUAACUUUAUACUUUAUUGUGUCAUGACAUUUUCACAUUUUGAAACUUGAAACUUGAAUAUUAUCUUUUUUGCAAAUUAUGAAUAUGAUAUUACAUUUAUGAUUUAUGAUAUAUCAAUAUCAGAAUAUUUAU